GCGUCCUCUUGGAAAAGCCCCUAUAUAUACCACUCACUCAUUGCUUCUCAUAAAACACACCAAACUCCUUCUUGUGAACCAACAAAACUCACAAUCCCAAAAUAAAAAAGUCUACACCUGAAUUUAUAGACAGAGAAAUGGAUCAAAAAUUGCCUAUUGUAGUUAAAAAGUUCUGGAAGAUAGUCCGUGUGGUUUACUUCAUGCUAAGAAAAGGAUUAUCAUCAAAGAGGAAACUAAUAUUCGAUCUCAACUUAUUGAUGAAACGUGGUAAGAUUGCUGGUAAAGCUGCCUUCCAAAACCUCAUGUUCCAUGACCAUAACAUUAAUCAUGGCCAUCAAUCAUCGUCAAAAGAGUAUUACGAGUUCAGCUGCAGUAACAGCCCAACUUUCCAUCUCCCAUUCCACAUCAACAAGCGCAUUAAUAAGCAUAGUCAGCUUAAACAUGCCAGUGAACACGAGGACGUUUCAAUGAUAAACACUGUUGUUUUAAAGGCAUUAGAAAUGCUUGAGAGUGAAACAGAAUCACCUGCUUUGCCUGGAUUUGGAAGGUCUCCAACGGUUAGGCAAUUAAGGAUUACUGACUCGCCUUUUCUUCUAAGAUCAGACACUGAUAAUGAUGAAAUGAUUAAUCACGUAGACGAAAAAGCUGAUGAAUUUAUUUCUCGAUUUUAUAGAGAAUUGAGAAGAGAAGCUUCUGAUUUCGCUUAAUUUGGUUGUUGAGUUAUUGUUGCGAUAUUAAUAACUUUUUUAAAGAGAGAGGAUUGAAAAAAAGAAAAUAAAUUUAUAACUUGUAAUGAUACUUUAUAGUUUCAUUUUAUAAUAACUCUUAAUUUAAUAGUAAACUACGGAAAAGUAAAUCCUGUAAUAUCGAAU